AUGGGGGAGGCGCCCAGCCCCGCGCCCGCGCUCUGGGACUGGGGCUACUUGGACCGCUGCUUCGCCCGCCACCGCGUCUGCAUCUCCUUCGGCCUGUGGCUCUGCGCCUCCUCCUGCUGGAUCGCCGCCCACGCACUGCUUCUCUAUCUGAGAUGUGCAAAGAAAUCCAGACAGGACCAGUCGGCGCUGUGUGCUGCGUGCUGCCUCCUGGCCAGCCUGUGUGACACAGUCGGGGCAAUUCUGACCAGACAGCUCACGAUCCAGGUUUUCUCUGGUGCCUACCUCGCAGCUAUUGACUUGAUGGACUUUGUGUUCAUUCUUUUCCCGGUCUGUGGCUCCAAAUUCAAGUCUGAUUCGGGUCGUGGCUCCCAGGGCAGGAAGAGGAGGCAGCGGCUCAGGGCCAGCGUGUUUGCCCUGACCCUGCCGCUGAGCCUGGGCCCCUGCUGGGCCCUCUGGGCUGCUGUCCCGGACACUUCAGGCCUCGUCCAAGGGCCACAGCGGAGGCUGCUGGGAAUCCUGCUGCAGGACAGCACUGAAAUGUUUGGCUACCUUUUGGGUGGCAUUGCUGUCAUCGGCUCCUGGGCCUCCCGGAUCUCCCCACUCUCCAGAAUCUGCCGGGGUAAGACGUUUUCCUUCAUCCACCUGUGGACCCGGUUUCUGUCAGCUUUGGCGUGCCUCCUCUACGCCUCAGCCAUUGUGGCCCAUGACCGGAGGCCCGAGAACCUGCUGCGGGCCACGCCGUGGUUCCUGACCUUCCUCGGCCGUGCUGCGCUGGACCUCGCUAUCAUUUUUCUUUCCUGGGUGAUGAAAAGCAAGAUAAGGCGGGCCUUGGGCUUUGCCUCUGAAGCCAGAGAGAGCCCUGACACCCAGGCCCUUCUGACCUGCUCGGAGCAAGAGGAGGACCGUGAGGAGCAUUUGGAUUGGGUGCCUCUCACUACACUACCGCACUGCAAGGCACUCAGGACAAUGGCAUCCGUCAGUCACUACAUGGAGCUGACCAUCGAGCCGGUGCAGCAGGCGGGCUGCAGCGCCACCAGGCUGCCCGGUGACGGACAGAUGAGCACGGGAGACGCGUCCCUGCAGGAGCCCCCCUCAUACCCUCCCAUUCGGGUCAUUCGGGCCCGCGUGUCUUCCAGCAGCUCCUCCGAGGUGCCCUCCAUCAACUCCGACCUUGAGGUCUGAGCCGUCCCGUCAGCCCACCGCUGUGGUUUCCAGCCCUGUGUCUGGAAGGUGAGA